AUGUUAUUGGUCUGUGAUGUGAUUAGAUUAGAAUUUUUUUACCUAGGGCUAGUAGAAUUUUCUAUUUGUUUUAUUUAAUUCAUAGUUAAUUUAAACGAGAUCUAAUUGUAAGAAAUAAUUAUUAUAGAGAAAUUUUUUACGUGAAUUCAUCGAUGACCGGGGUAAAUGUGUCUCAUAAAUGUUAAAAUAAAAAUAGUCGGCAGUCCGGUGUACAGAGCAAGUUAUCAUAUUUUUACUUAGAUUCUGAUUUAAAUAUUUCUGCAUGUGAUGGGAGAUAGGGACUGGAGACCGUUUAUUUACGGCGGCCUCGCGUCGAUCGUCGCCGAAUUCGGAACAUUCCCAAUAGACACCACAAAGACCCGUCUCCAGAUCCAGGGUCAGAAGAUAGACCCUCGUCAUGUGCAGCUGCGGUACACUGGCAUGGUGGACUGCUUUGUGAAGACUUCUCAACAGGAGGGCAUCAAAGCGCUGUAUUGUGGCAUUUGGCCAGCAGUGCUCCGCCAAGCCACAUAUGGCACAAUCAAGUUUGGUACUUACUACUCAUUAAAGAAGGCACUUGCUGCGAGACGCGCCGAUGGAGGGUCCAAGGAGCACUUGCCUACUAACACGUUCUGUGCGGCGUUCGCUGGAGGCCUGUCCAGUGCCAUCGCUAACCCUACUGACGUGCUCAAAGUGCGGAUGCAGGUGGGUGACGAAAAGCGCAACCUAGUACGAUGCUUCAUCGACAUGUACCGCCUUGAAGGUGUCCGCGGGCUGUGGCGCGGAGUAGGGCCCACGUCGCAACGCGCCGCGCUCAUAGCCGCUGUGGAGCUGCCCGUGUAUGACGCGUGUAAACGGCGCCUGAUGGGACCCUUGGGGGAUGCUCCUCUGAACCACCUGCUGUCAAGUCUGCUGGCGAGUUUGGGCAGUGCAGUCGCUAGCACGCCUCUGGAUGUUGUACGGACGCGACUUAUGAACCAAAGAAAAAUGAAAGAUCACAUAGCGAAAACAAGUGAAAAGGUGUACAAGGGUACUAUCGACUGUUUUGUGCAGACGGUUCGGAACGAGGGUUUCCUCGCCCUAUACAAGGGUUUCAUCCCCACGUGGCUGCGCAUGGGCCCUUGGAACGUCAUCUUCUUCAUCUCGUAUGAGCAGCUCAAGCGCGUGUACUAGAGACUAGACUAGACUAGUCCGCGCCGUAGGGCUCACUUUGCGACGCGCCCUGUCCACCGCUGCUUGCAAUGGGAACUGUAAAUAAGAUAUAAUUGGAGUGUAGCUGAAUUUUGUGAUAAGUGUUUAAUUAGUUUGUUGCUAUAUUUGUAUUUUGUAUACUGGACUUAGUUUUAAGUAGAGCUUUUUAAAGUCAGAGCCAGAUCUGAGAUACGACUUUGUUUUAAAAUGGAUGUGCUUUUUCGUCAUUCUUUUUCUGUGCUGUUAAGUGACGAAAUACGUGCUAACUUUUGUGUUGUGCAUAUUUAUAAUAUUAUAGCUAGGUAGCUGGAGGGAAAUGUUGGAGACGUGCUUGAGUAAAUUAUUAUUAGUCCUUCUACGUUGUUAUCUGAUUAUGAACAGUUAGACCUGUUGGCUUAUUUUGUAUCUUUGUAGGGUUUGUAAUUUAAUAAUUCUAGUAAUACUAGUAAUAAUUUCAAGUAAAUAAUUCUAUGUCUAGUAUGUUUUUAUGUCUGGUAUGCAAACUUUACUAGAUAAAGUUGCCAUACAAGACAAAACAUACUAGACACUAAUUCCAUUAAAUUGAACUUUAUCAGUUUGUGUUAAAGAACAAAAUAUCUAAGUUUUUCGUAAUUAUUUCUUAACUCAUCACUAUCUACUAGCGUCAACACAAAAGAUCAUUAUAUACGUAUUUUUUUACAUUAUUAAAGAAAAACUGUGUGUGUAAUGUAAAAAUAGUGUGAGUGGGAAAAGUGUUUGUAGCUGCUAAAAAACAAUCGAAUCUGUAUGGAUAUUAUUUUUCAGUCAGUAAAAAACUUAUUAAUUUAAUUAUUACACUUCCAUCAUUAAUUUCAACCUUAUCAGUGAAUGGAAUGGAUACUGUAACAGUUAUUUGUGCAACUUAAUUAGUGUAUAACUAAACAGCAUGACACUGGAAUACAAAUUGAGUAGAGUUGAGAGCUAUGAGAUUUUUAUAAAUUCAUUUUACUUAAGCACCUCGUUAUCUUUUCCCGCCAGCUCUCGCACUAGUUUGUAAGAGUAACUGUAGCUGUGACAUAUCAUGCUUACGAGAUUAGGGCACCAAGUGCAUUUACACUGCGUUUCCUAUUUAUAUGCUAUUUUUAUUAUAUUUUACUCUCAGUUAAAUUAUUGUGAGAUCCUAGUGAGGAAACUGUUUUGGUUCAAAUUUUGAAAUAGUGUAGUGUUUUUCUAUUGAUAAUUAAGUAUUUUUAUAUCAUUUGAAAUGAUAUUACGGUGAAAACGAUUUUUUUUCUUAUUGUAUAAAAUGAUUUUUAAAAUCUGAAAGUAGUAAAAGUAAGGAUCUAACUAUAAUGUUGUUGUUACUGAGAUGAAGAAGCUAUGAAUAAUUCCUAUAAACUUUUUACACACUACUAUAUUCGAUCACUAGAGGAUGCCCGCGAUUUCGUCCGCGUGGAUUUAGGUUUUCAAAGAUCCCGUGGGAACUCUUUGAUUUUCCGGGAUAAAAAAUAGCCUAUGUCCGUCCUCGGGAUAUAAGGCUAACCCUGUACCAAAUUUCGUCAGAAUCGGUUAGGCUGUUGGGCCGUGAAAAGGUAGCAGACAGACAGACAUAAUAUACACACUUUCGCAUUUAUGAUAUUAGUAUGAAUAGAUAACUGUAAACUACAUUUUAUCAGCAUUUAUUUUUCAACUUUGCAAAAUAUUUUUAAAGAAAUAUUUUGGAGAAUAGUUUUAAAAGAAUGGCUUCCAAAGUCUAAACAUAGACAACUGCCACAUUUUUUUUGUAAUAUUUUUUAAGAUCCUAUAAACGGUUGGGUUGAUACUUAAUUUUAGGAAUAUGUAAGUUGGUAUAUUGUUUCCAAAAAACACAUUUUUAUUCUAAACUCGGUGGUAAUAUGCUCAUUUUCUACCUAACUUUUGUGAAAUAAAAGAUGAUUUCUCAUGGUUGUUAGUCCGUGCCAGCAUUUCUGCCAAACUAGUUGUUUAUUAAUAGAUCCACUGUUUAAAUAGAUUAAGGCUUGAAAUUAAAAUUAAAGCACAGUUCCGUAAUGUCACAAAUUCUAGUAUGUAGUUUUUUAAAUGCUUUUUAUAAACUCAAAAAUCGUUUGUAUCUUUGAAAAUCAAAAUAUUAAUUAAUAAAACCAUGAUUUGGUUUAAAAUAUUUUUAUUGUUUAAGCUCGUGUGAAACACAUCUGUAAUUAUGUAUUAUCAUGUAAGUAGGUACAAAGAAUUAGCCAAAUUUAUUAUCGAAUAAAUAUUUUUUUUGUGUA